AAAGAAAAAGAAAACAAAACACAAGUCAGGUUUGAAAAACUGAUUGAUUGAUCAUCGGUGGCUUACAUGUGCAACAUUGUGAAUUAAUCUCCAAGUGAGUGCGUAUGCGUUUGAUUGAACGGCAUUGUGCGUGGUCUUGUGAUAAAUCUGCUAUAAGGGAAGUGAACAACGGUCUUUUUCGACAGAUCGCUUAAGGUUGUUGUUUAUCUCUUUUUGUUACCACCAUACGUUAAGAAUUUGGACUCCUAAUCUUGCACGAUUAACGCCUUAUAGAAACCUACAUUUUCCUCCAUGCUAUCGGCAAGAGAUCAGUUCUACAGCAAUGCAGCUUCUCCUGCAGCUGCUGUUGGCCUUGGCAUCGAAGUUGUGGGUGAAAUGCAGCCGGUUUACCAUUCAACAACUAUGCCGCUGACGGCCACAAACGGAUAUGACAGCAGGCGCGAAAGUAAGACAACCCCAAAUUCCACAAAUGACUCACAUGUACCUGCAUUGAAUGGCAAAUCGUUGAGAGAAAAGGAUAUGGAGCGUUUUUCAAAUUUGCCUUCACGUGAACCAGUAGACAUGGAAUUCAACAAUUUGUCAUUAACAGUGAAUUUGGGCUUUAGAAAGGGCAGCAAAGAAAUUUUACACGAUAUAAGUGGCAAAUUUUCUGGUAGCCAAUUGAUUGCCAUAAUGGGUCCCUCAGGAGCAGGCAAAUCUACACUUUUAGACGCAUUAUCAGGUUUCAAAACAACCGGUGUGGAUGGUUCAAUUUUACUCAAUGGAAGACGCAGAGAUUUGACUGCUUUCAGGCGUAUGUCCUGCUACAUUACACAAGACGAUCGUUUGCAACCACUUUUGACAGUAAAUGAAAAUAUGCAUAUUGCCGCCGACCUAAAGUUAGGACCAAAUGUGUCAUUUGAGGAAAAAGAAUCAAGAAUCGAAGAUAUUCUAUUAAUGUUGGGUCUCUACGACCAUGACCAAACCAUGACUAAUCGUUUAUCUGGCGGCCAAAAGAAGCGUCUUUCUAUUGCUAUGGAACUGAUUAAUAAUCCUACUGUGAUGUUUUUAGAUGAGCCAACUACGGGUCUUGACAGCAGUUCAUGUACCAAAGUACUAGAAUUGUGCAAAAUGCUUGCCCAACAAGGACGUACCAUCAUCUGCACUAUACAUCAACCAACAGCAAAACUUUUCCAAAUAUUCGAUCAAGUCUAUGUCUUAGCAGCUGGCAAUUGUGUCUAUCAGGGAAGUACGCAGAAACUGGUUCCCUUUCUACAGGCAGUUGAUUUGCCUUGUCCGAUGUAUCACAAUCCCGCCGAUUACAUUAUUGAAUUAGCAUGCGGCGAAUAUGGUCAAGAUAAGGUGGACACUCUGAAAUCGGCUUCGGAAAAUGGUAGCAGUUUGACAUGGUUCAAUAAUCCAGAAAGUAUACUCAAAGCAUCCGAACUGAUGCGAAAAUAUCCCGUUGCAAAGAAAACAAACAAACGUUCCUUGGAAGAUACCAGCUACAUGAACCAACUGUCUGUUCUAAUGCAUCGAGGAUACCUCAAAGCCAAACGUGAUACAACACUGACACAUUUGCGCAUAGGCGUCAAUGUGUUCGUGGCCGUUGUUUUGGGAGCAGUCUAUGCUAACUCGGGCAAAGAAGGUUCCCGUGUUAUAGAUAACUACAAUUUAUUAUUUGCCAUUCUUAUGCAUCACUCCAUGACGACAAUGAUGUUAACUGUGCUCACAUUCCCCAUAGAAAUGUCCAUACUGUUGAAAGAACAUUUCAAUCGAUGGUAUUCACUGAAGGCGUAUUACACAUCAAUUACACUCCUUGAUCUUCCAUUAUCGAUUUUAGGAAGUCUUAUUUUUACCAUAAUUAUAUAUUUGUGGAGUUAUCAGCCCAUGGAGUGGAGUCGUUUCUGGAUGUUCUUCGCCAUUAGUGUAUUAACUGUAUUUGUUGGCCAGAGUUUCGGUUUAAUGAUUGGGGCUUGGUUCAACGUGGUCAAUGGUACAUUUUUGGCACCGGUAUUAACUAUUCCAAUGAUGAUGUUUGCAGGUUUCGGAGUAACGUUGCGUGACUUGCCUGUUUAUUUGAAAUGGGGAAGUCACAUAUCAUACCUGCGCUACGGCCUAGAAGGCUUCGUCGCAGCUAUAUACGGAAAUGAUCGCGGUACCUUAGAAUGUGAAGAAGCUCCCUACUGCCACUACAGAUACCCAAAGAAAUUUUUGGAGGAAAUUACCAUGACCGGGGAUCAAUUCUGGAAUGAUGUUAUAGCCUUGGUCAUAAUAAUCUUAAUCUUCAGAAUAGCUGCGUACGUUAUUCUAAAAGCUAAGAUCAAGUCUGUGAAAUAGUUUAGAAAGUAUUGAUCCUCAUCUUUGUGCAAUAGUAACCAUUUCAAGUUGUAUUAGUACUACGAGUAAUUAAUUUUCUUUUAACUAAGUUAAUAGUUUACAACAUGUAUUUUUCUGUAUUUAGUAGUUUUUAUUUUUAAUGCCAAAUUGCUUUUUUCGUUGGUAUGCUGAACACUUUUUACAUUCCAACUCUUAUAAAAAUAUGUCUAAUGUAUGUAAUAUAAGGAAUUGCAUUCCUAAGAUAUGAAAACUAUGUUCUCUAUUUAAUUUCUGGGACAAUAAAUAUAUAUAAUUUAA